AUGACGUUUCAACUAAGUGAGAAAACAUUCAAAGUACCAGUUGACCUCUUCAUCGAAAAUCGUCAACGUCUCAUCGAAGAUCUUAAAACGAAAGUUCCACAAAAUUCGGCCGUUUUACUUCAAGGAGGAAUCGAGAAGAAUCGUUAUAACACAGAUGCGGCUGAUCUCCCAUUCCGUCAAGAGUCGUACUUCUUCUGGACUUUUGGUGUGAAUGAGAGUGAAUUCUACGGAAUUAUUGAUGUGUCGACUGGAAAAACGACGUUGUUCGCACCAAGAUUGGACCCCAGUUAUGCUAUUUGGGAUGGAAAAAUAAAUGAUGAGAAGUAUUUCAAGGAGAAAUAUGCAGUGGAUGAAGUUGUAUUCAAUGAUUCAGAGCAGACGAUUGCACAGAAAUUGAAGGCGCUGGCAGUGAAGCAGGUCUACCUUUUGCGUGCCGAGAAUACCGAUUCUGGAGAUGUACUGGUCGAGCCAAAGUUCGCGGGAAGCCAAGAUUUCCAAGUCAAUACCGAACUUCUCUACAAAGUAAUGGCCGAGUUGAGAGUUAUCAAGUCGGAAAAGGAAAUCAAUGUUAUGAGAUACGCCAGCAAAGUUGCAUCGGAAGCUCAUCGUGCAGCCAUGAAACACAUGAAACCCGGUCUUUAUGAGUAUCAACUGGAGAGUCUCUUCCGUCAUACAUCGUAUUAUCAUGGAGGAUGUCGUCAUCUCGCUUACACGUGUAUCGCUGCUACCGGAUGCAAUGGAUCCGUCCUACAUUACGGGCAUGCAAAUGCACCGAACGAUAAAUUCAUCAAAGACGGAGACAUGUGUCUGUUCGAUAUGGGUCCAGAAUACAAUUGCUACGCUUCUGAUAUCACCACUUCUUUCCCAUCGAAUGGAAAGUUCACCGAGAAGCAAAAAAUCGUGUACAAUGCUGUUCUCGAUGCCAAUCUGGCCGUUCUGAAGCAAGCAAAACCAGGUGUCAGAUGGACUGACAUGCACAUUUUAUCGGAGAAAGUUAUUCUGGAGCAUCUGAAAAACGCUGGACUGGUUGUUGGAGAUGUUGAUAAAGCUGUGGAAGCAAGAGUUGGAGCAGUCUUUAUGCCACAUGGAUUGGGUCAUUUGAUCGGAUUGGAUGUUCAUGAUUGUGGUGGAUAUAUGGGAGAUGCUACGCCAAGAUCAACUCUUCCAGGCCUCAAAAGUUUGAGAACAACUAGAACUUUGAUGGAGAGAAUGGCGAUCACUAUCGAGCCAGGAUGCUACUUCAUCGACUUCCUUCUUGAUGAAGCUCUCGCUGAUCCAGUGAAAAGCGCAUUUUUGGUUAAAGCUGAAAUCGAUAAAUACCGUGGAUCAGGCGGUGUUCGUAUCGAAGAUGACGUCAUUAUUCGCGCUUCCGGAAACGAGAAUUUGAGUGAUCUGCCACGAACCGUCGAAGAGAUUGAAAACUUCAUGGCAAGCGGGGAAUGGACGGAGAGAGUAAUUGAGUCCCGUGUAUCUGAAUUCCUUUCGAAAUAA